CUCUGAAAGACGUCACCGAUAAAUCUGUCAAGCUUCCAGAGAAAAUUAAUGGAUUCUUCAUCGGCUUUGGAGACGAAUCUUGCGACGGCGAAGACGGUUAUGACGACGGUGGCGUCGGUCGCCGCGACGGCGAUGGUAGCUCGGUCGAUCAUACAGGAUUACUUACCGUACGAGUUCCAACACUUUUUGUUAUCGGGAAUCAGGAAAUUCUUCAAUGGCUUCUCGUCUCAGACGACAAUGGUGAUCGAUGAAUUCGACGGACUCGUCAACAACCAAAUCUACGAGGCGGCGGAGACCUAUUUGGGGGGCAAGAUCUCGCCUUCGAUGCAGAGGCUCAAGGUGAGUAAGUCUGAGAAAGAGAACAACUUCGUGGUCACCGUGGAAAAGAAACAAAUGAUCGUCGACGUCUUCAAUGGCGUCAAAUUUAGGUGGAUUUUGGUUUGCAGUCAGGUCCAGGCCAAUCGUGGCGACUUCUACAAUCCUAGAGACCUCAAUUCGACGCUCCGAUCGGAGGUCCGAUCAUUCGAGCUCAGUUUCCACAAGAAACACCUAGACUUGGUCCUGAAAUCGUAUUUGCCCCAUAUUCUGCGGGAAUCAAAAUUGGCCAAGCAAGAGAAGAAGACAUUGAAGAUCUUCACGCUGGAAACCGAGAGGCACUUUAACAUGACCGAAGCUUGGGUUUCGACGAACCUCGACCAUCCGGCGACGUUCGAAACGCUUGCUCUGGAAUCAGAGAUCAAGAACUUCAUCCUCGAAGAUCUCGAGAGGUUCGUGAAGAGGAAAGACUAUUACAGGAAGAUCGGGAAGGCUUGGAAGAGAGGAUGCUUGUUGUAUGGACCUCCUGGGACGGGGAAAUCGAGCUUGAUCGCUGCAAUGGCGAAUUACUUGAAUUUCGAUGUGUAUGAUUUGGAGCUCACUGAGGUUAGGGCAAAUACGGAUCUUAAGAAGAUGCUCAUUUCCAUGGCGAACAGGUCCAUACUGGUUGUGGAGGAUAUCGACUGCUCGGUUGACUUCCAUGACCGGAAUAUGGCUGCCGAUCAGUCCACUGAAGAUUAUUAUAAUCCGAGAAGAAAACAGCUGACACUGUCUGGCUUUUUGAAUUUCAUCGACGGGCUGUGGUCAAGCUGCGGCGACGAGCGGAUCAUAAUCUUCACCACCAAUCACAAAGAAAAGCUCGACCCAGCACUGCUCCGGCCGGGUCGAAUGGAUGUUCAUGUCCACCUGUCAUACUGCACGCCAUGCGGAUUCAGAGUUCUAGCAUCUAACUACCUUGGCAUCAAUGACCACUCGCUGUUCGCGGAAAUCGAGCAACGAGUUCAAGCCACAGAAGUUACCCCUGCAGAAAUUGCUGAGGAAUUAUUAAAGAGCGACGACCCUGACAUUGCGCUACAAGGUCUAAUUGAAUUCCUCAAAGUGAAAAAGUUAGAAAACGAGGAAACCAAGGCUAAAAAAGAAAAAGAAGAAGCUGAAGCUGCAAAGAAAGGGGAUGAAAAGAAUAGUGCUCAAGCAGAAUCAAAGGAUAAAGAAGGGGAAAACAAUAUGUUUGCUGGUUUACACACUGAGACCAAAGAACAGAGCUAGGAAUUAAUAAGCUGUUAGUGACCAAAAUUUUUUUUAGUAAAAUUGCAGUAAAUAGCAUAUUAAUUAAAUAGUUUAAUUAGC